GUUAACAGAGGGAGCUCCGCCUCCUCUGCAGUGUAGCGACAGCUAGAGAGGGGCAGCAAUGGAGGAGCCAGCAGUGCAGCAGGAAAAAAUAGAGGGAUCGUGGGAAGGAGGGCAUGAUGAAGGAAAAGCAGACUGGAAGAACGAAUGCUCUCUCUCAUCCCUCCUUAAACAUUCCUGUCUACUUUGCUGGUCAUCUCCCAGGGACGCCGACAUCAUGGAGACUGAUGAGAGAAUCCUUGCCAAGACGGCCGAGAUCAGAGUAAGAAGACCACAGCACCUAGCACUGGAGCUGGAGAGCGCAGUGGCAGUGGAAAACUUGGAACUUCAGGAGCAGAGGUCAGACCGCAAAGAGCUGGAGGAGACCCUAGUUAAAUUAGAGAAACACAAAGAGAAACUGAUACAGCAAAUAAAGGGAACCAGACAGCUCUGCUAUGAAGAAAGUCAGCAGAUCCUAUCUCUGCAGGCAGAGGAGGCACAGAAGGAGAGCCAAGUGGAGGAGUAUGAGAGGGAGCUUUCCAGAGCCAGAUGGAGGCUGAGGAAGCUAAGAGAAGAGGUGAAACAGGCCAAGAGGAAAGUGGAAGAAGCUGGAGAGCGGAACAGUCCUCUACAAGACUCGAUCAGACAGUCUUAUGAAGAGAUCCUGCAGGAGGAGCACACCCUGUACUCUCUGUCAGGAGGUGCAGUCACUCCAGAAAGCCAUCUGGAUGAAUCAACAUCUCUUGCAGACACCACUGAAGAUAAUCUGCCUUCUCUGAGGCCAUGGGGAAGGAGCCAAUCACUGCCUGCCUAUGCUGAUCUCAUAAUGGGGGGCAGUGGUUCACCUUUCUGCAAUAAUCUAGUCGGUACCAGAGAAGAAGAUGACAGUGGGACCAGCUCACCAAAGAUGGAUAGGUCUGACAUAGAGGAUGGCCUGGAGGAAGGGGACCUCAACGCCGAAGGGGAAAACGAAAGAGACCAGGAAGAGUUCACUAUGAACCCCAACCCCCUCAGCCAGCUGGACUUCUACCAAGCCAACCCCUUCGCCCGCUGUCAGUGUGACCAUGACCUCUUCAAUGAAGACCUAUUCCUUAAAACAGACUCAUCUGAUGGCUUUGGUUCUGACCCUUUCAAAGGCAGCGACCCCUUCGCAGCAGAUAUUUUGUUUCCGUUGACGAAUACUGCCACUGGUGAGAGCACAGGAAAUGCCGGUGACGAAGCAGACACCAGUCUGUCUUGUGUUGAAAACAAAGCUUCAACGGGAACUCAGUGCUUUGAGUCAGAAUUCCCAGAUGAAGACAGUGACAUAGAGAUUAGCUACAGUCGAGAGGACCUGGACACCAUUGCUAUGGAAGAUGAUUCUCAUGGAUUUAAACCCAUUCAGAGUUCGUCAGAGGAGCUGGGGCCAGAGCCUAUCCGAGGGUGGCGUUCCCAGGGACAGUAUUCUGUAGAAUCUGACCCUAAUGGGUAUGAGCUCGAUCUUGGUGCUGUCUCCCCACCCUCCGACAUAGAAGAACAUAGUCUGGGAUCUCUGGCUGGAGAGGCUAUUACUCAGUCAUCAGCAGGAUUAGAGCAAGGUGAGUGUCUUGGUUUGACUCAAGCUGUUGGCGAACCUGUCCUGUUGGAGCCAGGUUGGACAGGCAACAGAGAGGAAACGUUGCCCUGUGAUGUCAUUUACAGUCAGCAAACAGAACAGGUUAGGAACAUCAAAGAAGAAAUCCAAAUCCCUGCUGUUCCACAGAACUCACUGGAGUCCCAGAACAUUUUCACUCAGCCUGACUCACAUCAGAACAGCCUUGAGUUGAACUAUGAACCAACCAGUCAGUCUUCCUUUGACCCGUAUGGCUUUAAACUCAGUCCAGAGCAUUCUAGUCACACUCUUUUAGACCCUGAUGAAGAUGAGUUGAGUCCAGAACCUGCAGAUGAUGAUCUGACCUUUGACCCUGAACCCUGCUCUUCUCAACAUCAGCUGAACUUUGAUGCCUAUGGGUUUGACAUUACCUCCUCCCAGAUGACACGGGACUUUGACCCUUAUGGCUUUAAGCUGAGCCCUCAAGAAGAGAACCAGGAAGUAUUGGAUCCCUGUGGCCAUGACAACCAGGAUGCAAUAGACCGUUGUACCAAUGACAACAAUGAGCAAAGAAAGCUCUCAAGCUAUAAUAACCCAGAAAUACUGAAACCUCAUACCCAUGAAAACCAAGAAGUGCUUGAAAAUGAUAGCCACAAUAACCAGGAAUUUCUAGAUUUGUGUAAUAAUGGAAACCAAGAAGUGCUGGAACCAUCUAGCCUCGAAAACAGGGAGGUGGUUAACCAUAAAAACCAAGUCCUGGAACUCUGUAGUCACAACAAUCAAGAAGUUGUGGACCUCUGUCGGAAUAAUAGCAGUGAGCAAUUACUUGAACCUUGUGACUGUCAUAACCAAGAAGUGCUGGAACCUCACAGCUUUGGCAGUCAGGACGUCCUGGACUUCUCCUAUCCUAAAAACCAGGAAGUGUUAGAUUUAGAUAGCCAUGGUAACCAGGAAGUUUUGGAUUUUAAUAGCAAGGAAAACCAGGGCGUUCUAGUAUCAGGUAGCUACAAUAAGCAGGAACUUCAGGAAAAUCAGGAGUUACCUGACCAGGAGGGGUUGGACUUGUUGAGUACAGACAUUUUGCCUGAAGCAAACAACAUCCAGUGCAUUCUGGAACCAGAACAGGAUGUCAGUUCUGUUAAUGACAGCUCAGAUAGUGAUGUGGCAUCCGAAAAUAUGCUGGGACUGCAGCUCAGUAACCCCAGUGUCUGCACCUCGAAUACCACAAAUACUAGUACUUUAAACAUGGCCAUCAGUAGCAUGUCUGCCAGCCAGGACCUUAAUUCGUCUGCUGCCCUGAUCCACCACAACCUUUUAGAAGGUGAUCUCGGUUCAGUGUUUGGGGCUGGAGGAUACAUUGGAUGUCCUGAUGUAGCUGAUGACCUAGAGCCAUUGCAGAGAAGGCAGACAAACCCAGUACCAGAGCCAGUACGACCAGUUAGGCCUCCUCGACCAUCUCUCAGGGCCAAGGACAAGGCCCAGUCCCAGACUCAGGUCAUCGAUUUAAAGUGAUCUCUCACCAUGAAACAUUCAAGUGAGGUUUACUGUGUCAGCACGGUUCCUGUGAUGACAACAAGGCAAGAAGUGAAGAUGAUAAGGAAUAAAGUACGACAAAGGGAAAUGCAAUGGAGGAAAAAUGACUAAAGAGCUCAUUCUGGUGUUAAUUAUCACAGUAAAUUAGUUCAGGUUAAUCAGAGGAGAAACAAUGGAAGGCAAGAUGAAAAAACUACCAGGAACCAAAUGAUAAAAAAGAUUUCCUGAUUAUUAUAUUAAGAAACAUGAUUUUAUCCAGUUUUUUAUUUACAUCUGUCAAGGUUGCACACGACUGUCUGACCUACUAUCUUGUCUUUUUAUGAUUUGAUGAACUGAAGAAGGUUUUGACGGACCUGACUGGUCUGAAGUGCAAAUAAUGUCCAUGUUUGUGAUGUGACAUACAGUAAAUAUUAGGACAUAUGUUACAAGACUUCAAAUAGAUAAACUGUAUAUAAAUGAUACAAUGUAAUCUGCUGUUGUGGUUUUGAGAUUAUCUAUCCAAUUAGUAGUUUAGAUCUAAGUUGCAUAUGAACUGUAGAGAGUUUAUAGUCAGAUUUACCAAUGAGCGCAUAUCCACGCUCACAACAGUGUUUUCACACAUCAUUUAAGAGGCUCCUUAAAGAGAAGCAGUGGUUCACUGCCAUUCUAGGCUGGAUUCUUCAGUUUCACCAGUGACAAAGCACGACUGAUGGCUGUGGUCAGGUGUGUGCUUUGUUACAUGUGUAGCACGCUCAGUAGUGAUGCGAUGCCACCCAUGUUUAUAAUUGGACUGUAACUGAAAAGAUGGCCACUUCAUUCUUUGUUCCAAUUUCAUACUGCACACUAAUGCUGAAAAUAAAAACUAUGCAGGGAUUUUGGUUGUGUACUGUUAGUUAGGCAGUUACAGACGUAACUACCUAACUAACAGCGCAGGCUGCCAAUUCUUUCUUUUGUUUGGUAGCAACAAAUAAAAAAGCAGCAAAGCUGUGUCCACCCAGGAAAUGUGGGUGUGGUUUGGUGAGCAAUGAAAGUCAGCGACAUUGUCUGACUUCAAGUGGCGAUGGGCAAAAAGCCCAGGAUGAACUUUUCUCAUGUUGGAGGCCACUGGAGUGACUGACAUUUGUAAAUGCAUGAGGUCACCUAGGCAACCACAGCCUGGAGCGUCUACUAGUGAUCAAAGCGAUGCAUGAGGGGAGCGCUGGGGUGGGGACACAACACCAAAAGACAGAUAGUUACAUCUGAGUGGAAGACUAUUGCCUUCUACUGUUGUCAGCAGUAGUAAGCUCUUGUAUUUUUGUCUCU